AUGCCAGAGUGUGAGUACGACUCCGAAACCAGCCAACUAGACCCAACAAUCUACCACAUCACUAAAGAGAGGGUGGGUCCCACAACAGAUUCAAGGAGCCCAACUUCAUCACAAAGUGUCACCGUAGAGGUCAAUCAAAACAAGUCACCAGGAGAGCCUAAUGAUAAGUACACUGUAUCCAUGAAGGUAGAUAACCAGCCAGUYGUCUUUGAGCUUGACACAGCAGCAUCCGUCUCCAUUAUUGGAGAGAACACUUAUAAAGAAUUGUUUAGUAAUCGAGUGUUAUCACAUACCCCAUUAUGUCUAAAGUCAUAUUCGGGGGACACCCUAGACCURCUGGGGGAGAUYCAAGUACAAGUUCAGUAUAACGAUGAAGAGAAAGUCCUGCCUCUGAUUGUUGCAAAGGGAAGWAAGCCCUCUCUGCUAGGAAGAACUUGGUUAAAGGAAAUCAAGCUUGAUUGGGGAAAGGUGUUCUCACUAAGAGACGAMUCUCGUCUUAGAAGUCUGCUAUCUCAAUACCAAGAUGUCUUCACAGAACAAAARGGSGUCAUCAAGGGAUUUGAAGCUGAUAUUCGGGUUCCCACUGAUACAAAGCAUGUAUUCAGGAAACCUUAUCCAGUACCGUACCCCAAGAGAGACCAAGUCACMGAGCAAUUGCUGUYGGGGGUAGACAAGGGGGUGUACAGAAAGGUUGAAUCAAGUACAUGGGCGAGCCCUAUGGUCACGGUGGUAAAGGAAUCAGGAGACUUUAGGCUGUGCGGGGACUACAAAGUCACUGUAAACCAGUUCCUGGAAGCAGAUCCCUACCCAUUACCUUCAACUGAAGAGUUGCUGUCAACAAUUGGCCCAGCCAAAUAUUUUUCAAAAAUUGAUCUUGCUAACGCUUUUCAACAGCUGAAGUUGAGYGAUGGAUCAAAGGAACUUUUGACAGUCAAUACACCUAKUGGCCUACUUCAGUAUGAGAGAAUGCCUUUCGGAAUCAAAACGGCCCCACAAAUCUUUCAACGUGUGAUGGAUGAAAUUCUAAAGGGGAUCAAAGGAGUUGUAUGUUAUAUUGACGAUAUCCUUAUUUCUUCUACAGAUAAAGAAGGCCAUUACCAAAUCCUUGCAGAGGUACUCAAGAGGCUGGAGGAGUACAAU